GAUAGUCAUUCUGAGCACACUCUACAGCAUUUUCAUACUGUACCGGAGUCUGAACCGUUAGAAUGUGAUUAUGAUGGCUAUUCUGAGCAUAUUCUCCAGCAUUUUCAUGCUGUAUCGGAGUAUUAGCUGUCAGAAUUUCACUGUUUUUCAUUUCUAUAGCGCUAUACAGGUUGAGGUCAUCAAAUCUGGCAAACACUCCGUCAAACAGUUCUUCGACACAGUUAUCCAGACUGACAACUCGAUCCCCCUCCCCUGCGGAAACAAGAUAAACACGCUCUCAACCGGCCGUAAUCGAAGCGGACCCAUCCAGUUCAACCGAAGAAGACGACGAAUCACCGUCACCCUGUGGUGGAUUCCUCGACAAGGCAUCUGCAUUAGAAUUUAUCCUCCCAGCUUUCUGAAGGAUUCUGGAAGCAUAUGCAAUGGGUGAAUCCUGACCAAUAACUCCCUGACUCAAAACACCACCAAGAUCGUAAUUCGAUGGAUCAGUCGUUAAUACAAAAGGUUUUGAGAAAUCACGAUACUGUAACAAUAGUUCGGAACAGAUUUUAUCACGCAGAAUUUCAAAAGCUGUUUGCUGCUCAUUUGUCCAUUUAAUUCGACCUUAUCUUUUAAAAGAAAACUAGUAGGCACAUGCUCUGGAGCAACGCUGAAUUUAUAGUAACCCUCUCGUAGAUAAACUUCAAUAUAAAUCCAGCCUUCGCCAUCAUCAUAGAUACGACAUAGUUGUAAAGGUUCACAGUCCGGAUCCGAAAGGAGGUCAACCAAUGUCAUCAACAAGGGAUUUGGAUCAGUCAUUUUCAAAUAUAGUUUCUUACUAAUAAUCUUUUAAGUGACUGAAAUAGUUUUAAAAGUAAUGUUCACUUUUGUCUUUACACUGUUCCACUAUAACAGGAGGAAAAAAUAAACUCAUUUAGUCUUCAGUGUUUAUCUGGCACUAAUUAUGACUUUCAAAUUUAAAUGUUCUCUCGGUGCACGAGAUCCCACCGCUGUCACCAAUUUGUUACGUCACUGGCGAUGUAGUAGAAUUUUAAUUCUACUGUAGUCGGACAUUGAUUCGUUGUUGCCGUUGUAUGAUUAAAAUCAUAACCGGGAGAACACUAAGGUUUUGAAAUCAAACUCAAUUUAAUUUAUCACUUCAAAUUAUAUUGUUAGCAUAUUGAAGUUAUUAAUGUUCAAUUGUUAUACACUAUGUGCACAUAUAAAUAUUUAACUAACAAACAAUUGAGUUGGUUGUUACACAAUUUCUGAUUUACAUAUUGAUAAUUUGUUUAUAAUAU